GGAAAACCCAAAAAAUCUUCAGAAGAAGUACACCAGGAAGGUAGAUAUAUGCAACACUUUUACACGAUACAAAUGCACCGCGAAAUUUCUCGAGAUACUGAAACACCAAUUCCUUUAGAAGCCAAAAAUGUUACCCUUACCCCGAUAGUCCGAGUUGUUUCUCAAAAAACUGUCGACAAACAUUGGAAGCCUUUAAGCGAAAAAUCUAGACAAAACUUUCGUGAAAUUUUAAGCACUAAUGAAUUAGAGCAGAUAGGUCAAAUGGAGAUUAAACUAGAACACGAGACAUU